AUGAGAGCUUUUGUAUUGUUGAUGGUAAUUGCUUGUGCCUAUGCACAAGACGAAGAAGCAGAAGCUAAAGCGGCAUCAGUACCUCAGCAAAUCCCAAAAACAUGUUUCGGCUGCAUGUGUGAAGCCGCGUCGGAGUGCGAUACCAAAACUGGAUGUUUGGGUGACGUUUGUGGGCCAUUUCGGAUCACCUGGGGUUAUUGGGCAGAUGGAGGCAAACCUACGCUUAACAAUGAGUCACCAAACGCUGAAGGAGCCUGGACUCGUUGCGUAAAUGAUCCCUUCUGUGCCGCGAAUGCCGUUCAAGGAUACAUGGACCGUUUCGCUCAGGAUUGCAACGGAGAUGGUGUGAUAAAUUGUGACGAUUACGCGAGGAUCCACUACCUUGGCGGGUACGGAUGCAGCGGUCCAUUGCCUCCCAAGUACGAAAACGCCUACAAAACUUGUAUGUCGACAUUCAGUGGAUAA